AUGUGGCUACCGGAAUUUCCACAAUCUGCAACAGUAAUAGCAUUAUAUCCGGGUACAACAUGCUUUUAUAAAGCUGACGUAGUUCUUCCCCCAAGUAAAAUAUCAAUACCUUUAAAAUAUUUACUUACUUUUGAAGACGAUGAUAAUGCCGAAAG